UGCUUGUGUGGAAUGUUGGAGGAAGAGAUCUGUAAUACUGUAGCUGUAGCUCUCAGUCAUGGAGGCGAUUGUCGCCUCGGUGGUCGUGAAGCAGGCCAUCCGGAGCGUUGUGGCGGCCGCAGGCAGUCCAAUGGCGAGACUGUGGAGGAACUGCAAAGCUGACCUGGAGGAGAUGAGGAGCACCCUCAAUCUGUUGGAAGCCGGCUUGAGAGACGCCGAGCGGCGGUCCGGGAAUGAGGAGGCGGUGCGUGUGUGGCUACAACUGCUUAAGGCAGUCGCUCGCGACAUCUCCGGCACUCUCGAUCAGCCCCCACCGCCGUCGUGGAAGAUUUUCGCGAAACUUAGUUUGGUUAACAAGAUAGAACAGCUAAAGAAGAAACUGAAAGCGGUGGAAGAGAAACGCCAUAUAUUCGGCUUUACAUUUCAUAAUAGCUCAAUUAUUGAAGAUAAAGACGCAAGAAGAGAAACGGUGGCAUGUAUUGACGAUGAAUUUAGUAUUGUUGGUCGAUCAAGAGAGAAAGAGGAGAUAGUAAGAAUUCUAUUGCAAUCUGAAAGGAAAAUGACUAUUCUUCCUAUCCUUGGUCUUGGAGGCAUGGGUAAGACCACCUUGGCGAAACUGGUUUUCAAUGAUAGUAGAAUGCAAGAUUUUGAGAGGAGGGCAUGGGUUCAUGUUUCACAAAAUUUCAAUCUGGCAAGAAUAGCAAAAGCUGUUGCAUCACAGUUUCAAGGGGCUGCUGAUGGCUUUGAUGAUCUGCAAUCUCUGUAUAAUCAGCUAGAGAACAUUUCUAGUGGCAAAAAGUGUUUAAUUGUGCUGGAUGACUUGUGGGAGAGUGACAUUGAACUGUUGCGCAAAAUGAAACUAAUGCUAAAUUGUGGUAAACAGAGGAGCAUGGUUAAGAUAAUUGUAACCACACGUAUUGAAUCAAUUGCGCAGGAAUUGUCUACAGCUGGUCCAUAUAAAUUGGGACCAUUGUCGGAUGAUAACUGCUGGACUGUGUUCAAACAAAUUGCUUUUCAGUCGACAAAUGAAGAAGAUUUGUAUGUACUAGAAGCUGUGGGAAGAGACAUUGCUAUAAAGUGCAAAGGUUUACCCCUGGCAGCUCAUGCUGUCGGAUCCAUGCUUCGUAAUAAAAGCAUUGACUUCUGGAAAGCUACCAGAGAUAGUACUACUUGGCAUAAAAGUUCAUCUCACGGUGAUGUCUUACCAUCAUUGAGGUUGAGUUAUGAACAUAUGCCGUCUUAUUUGAAACCAUGCUUUUCCUACUGUGCCAUCUUUCAAAAAGGUUGUGCCAUGGAUAAGGACAAACUAAUUCAGCAGUGGAUUGCUCUUGACUUCGUUAAACCAGCUCUACCAACCUUGUCUCACAAAGUGCAAGCAGAGGAAUAUCUGAGAGAGCUUUUGGCGACAUCUCUCCUUCAGUACUCGGUAUCUUCUCUGGUUACUCAUGAACAUGCCAAAGAUUCAAAAGAACUCAGCAUGCAUGAUUUGGUGCACGACUUGGCACGAUCAGUUGCUGGCGAUGAAACAUUUUAUCUACAUGCUAGAAACCAAAAUACUUCACCCAGUGAUAAUUGUCAUCAUAUAGUUGUGGUUACAUAUGAUAAAAGACUUUCCAGGUCAUUGUCUGCUAAUGUAAGGUCACUACAUAUAAGAGAUUGUGCUGGAAAACAACUUCCUGGUGAUACAUUCUCAUUGACAAAAAACGUGUGUGUCUUGGAUAUAACUGGAUGUGCUUUGAGGAAGUUGCCAGAUCCAAUUCGUCAAUUAGCUCAUUUGAGAUACCUUCAUGCUUCACUUUUGUGUGAUAAAGAUCUUCCUAUGUGGAUUACCCGUCUCGUGAAACUACAUUAUUUGAGCUUACAUGGAUCUUCCAAAAUAUCAGAAUUGCCGAAAUCAAUCGGGAACCUUAAAGAUUUGGUACAUUUGGAUUUAUCAUGUUGUGGAAGCCUUGCGCACUUACCGGAGUUUUUUUCCUACCUUACAAAUCUCUUGGUGUUGAACAUAGCAGAUUGUCCUAGCCUUUCUGCAUUGCCCAAUUCCAUCUGUGACCUUGUGAAUCUAGAGAUCUUAAACCUCUCAGGUUCUACACUGGAAGAACUACCUAAAGGUCUGGGAAAUCUUAAGAAGGUACGGCUGAUGCACCUAUCUAGGUGUUCUAGGCUUCGUGUUUUGCCUGAUUCUGUCUGUAACCUUGUGUCCUUAGAGAAGCUAGACCUAUCUUAUUGUUCUGUUUUGCAAGAACUACCACAUUUCUUUGGCAAUCUUCAGGAACUAAGGUUUCUGGAUUUAUCGCAUUGUUCCAAUCUUGUUAGAUUGCCUGAUUCAUUUGGUUAUCUAAACAAACUGCAUCAUUUAAACUUAGAAGCUUUCAUGCAUUACAUGCCCUUGCACCACAGUGAUCUACACCACUACUUUGCCAUGCUAUUUCGAGUCCUGUGUAACCUAUCCAACCUGCAAUACCUAAACUUCUCAGCAUGCCCUGUUUCUUUUCUUCCUGAAUCUCUUGGUAGCCUCAAAAUGCUUCACACGUUGGAUAUCUCACGUUGCCUUUCCUUAAGAAAAUUGCCACAGAGCAUUCUUAAAUUGCCAAACCUUAAAUCUUUAGUUGUGAAGAAUUGUUUUCCACCUAUCGAAGAUCAAAUCAAGCAAUCCGCACUGGACAAUGGUUUGAUGUCACUGCCAAAGUUUUUUGUAUGUGCCAUGGCUGGUGGUGAGUCCAGCAAUAUUUUGCAGCUUGAGGCUGCAGAUGCUGAAGAGCUUGAGAUUAAAUUUCUUGAGAAUGUGGUGAGUUUGGAAGAAGCUAAGAAAGUCAAUCUGGCAUGUAAAUCAAGGCUUUCCAUGCUAUUUCUCUCUUGGACUGGCAAUGCUGUUGACCAUCUUGUGGAUGAUGAGUCUUUGCUUGGGGAGCUCCUACCCCCAACCACCUUGGAGCAGUUAAUUCUCCAAGGUUACAUGGGCAUCAGAUUCCCAAGCUGGAUGUGCUCUGCUACAUAUCUUACAAACCUUUCCAGAAUAGAGUUGCAUAAUUUGCAGGGAUGCACCGAGCUACCAUCACUUGGUCAAUUACCUAAUUUGCAAGAGUUAUCUCUCCGUGCAUUGCCAAACAUCAGGAAACUGGAUAAGAAUUUCUGUGGUGGUAAUCGAGCAUUCAAAAAGCUGACAAAAUUUGUUAUGCAGGACAUGAAUAAUCUGGAAGUCUGGUAUACGAGAGUAUUAAUAGAUGCUGAAUAUAAAAGGGAAGAAGUCAUGUUUCCUAUCCUUCACAAGUUGCUGAUACAUAGAUGCAACAAGUUGAUGGUUAAACCAUGUCUGCCUGUAGCCGCGGAAUGGGUCAUAGAGGUUAAUGAUAUUAUAGUAUCAUCAUGGGAUGGUAAAGGACAUUCUAACAUUAUCUCUAAUUCGACAACUUGUUUAGAAAUAUCAGAUUGUCAUGUCAAGCCUGAUGGUUGGAGGCUGCUCUAUCAUCUCCCAGGUCUUUGCAAGUUAAAGCUCCGCAUGUGCAAUGAGUUAAACAGCUUACCAGGAAGCAUUCAAGUCCUGACCUCCCUUCGGUCACUACUUGUGUUUGCAUGCCAUAGUUUGACAGAACUGCCAGAAUGGUUAGGCAACCUUACCUCACUACAAGAACUGGAAAUCAACUAUUGCCCUAAGCUUGAGUCCUUACAUGGGAGCAUGCAGCGCCUUACCUCACUCAGAUUGCUGCACUUGGGUCACUGCAACAACAUCUCGUCACUGCCAGAGUGGUUCAGCCAUCUCAUCUCUCUCCAGAGACUUGAGAUCUCAGGAUGCCAACUAAUCAAGUCUUUACCACGAUCCAUGCAACACCACAGAUCUCUGAGGGAACUACAAAUCAGGCAUAACCCUGAACUUAAGCAAUGGUGUGAGUUUUUCUUGGAUGACAAAGAAAUAGUGUGAACCAGAUGAGAACAAAGAAAUUGUUGCUUAAACUAAAGAAGGCGGGAGAAGUGAAAGCUAUGGAGGAUUUUGAGUCAGCGCCUCAGCGGUCCACUGGUGAGUGGUGACAUGAUUUGUAAACUAUGACCGAGAGGAACUCCAGGUUGUAACAGGAAAAACUGGAGCUAACUUACAGGACGUAGCUUCACACAAAAGUGCAUGUCAUGGUUGAGCAGAACUUACAGAUACUUGAAAGGUGCUGUACAGAUGUCUGGAUCCAAAAUUUCCAAAUGUACAUGUGCGUGGUACCAUGUGCGUGUGCUUGUAACCUGUA